AUGUGCGUGUAUGCUUUAUGUGUGUUUCAGUACCGAUGUCGAACAAUCAAAACCAACAAGUCGACACCUCGAUCGUUGAAAACCAAAAACUGUCAACACAGAUCGGAGGAACGUCAAUACUGUUGGAACUGCAAUAGUCGAAUAAGUCCUCGAUGCGGCCGACGGCUGAGCAGGCACUUGGCCCGCUCUGUUUCGGUGCCUCCAACGAGGAACGUCCAUAAAUCAGUGCCAUGUAUUAUUAGAUCUAAGUCAAUGCCAUACCGUGAAAAGGACACCAGAAAAAUGCCAACGAACUUCGAAAAUUCUUCGAUCAAGACCUGUUUCUCAUUAUCGUCGCUGCACCCCUCUACGGUCAAUGUAGAGGGUGAACAGCAAGCGGCGCAGAGACCGUACAACAGCCUUACCAAAAAAAUCAAGAAAAAUGAGACCACGAAUCAGGAUUGUUGGAGAGGUGAUAGUAGUUACGAGUUCUUGUCCAGUCUGAGGACAAGUUAUCAGUAUCUGAUGGACAACAACUUGAUCGAAAGCUGCAGAGAAGUUGGAUGUGACCUUAACAAUACUUCACCGAUUCAGGAAUGGAAUGUUGAACGAUUAAAUAUCUACAUCAAAGAGUUAGAAAAAAGUUUUUGUUCAGGCUCUGAAUCAAAACCCAAUAGUUGCAAUUUGACAGAAAAUGUAUUAUCUCCUAAAAGACUGAGUAUGAGCGAAGAAGUUCGUAGACUGAAUAUAUUGCGCCAUAUAGCGCAACUAUCCAAAAGACUGCCACACUGUCGAGAACCGUCAUUGAACCAAAGCUGCUCGUCCAUAUAUAAUGCACAUUACUUAGAAGUGAAAUCAAAUUUGAGAUCUCUGGAUCAAUGGAUGGCCCAAAUGGAGGUGAGAUUAAAACCCAAUUAUUUCCGAGUCAAUUGGAGCAGCCGUGAAAUCAGGCAAAAGGCAGAAGAGCACAAGUCUAUCCACAGCGACAUUGAAUCAAAAGGCAAGUGCAUCCGGUUGGUGCUGAAAUACUGCAAGUGGCUAGCUGACGAACAUCAUCAACCUACGACUCCAGUACAUCAAGAAUUAGUGCAAACGGUGCCGCUGGUAACUAAAAAAGCGAAGAACUUCGAACAUCGCUGGCAGCUGUUGUACAUAAGAUCGUUAGAGUGGAUCUGCUUCAUUGAAAGUCUGACCGUGAAAAAAUGUCGAAAGGACAGCAAUAGUUCUUCGGAUUGUGACGAAGAACCGGUUCAUAAAUGUCCACGGUUAGUCGAUCAUAAGUUGUCAAAUUCUUCAGACGGUGAACAAGUCAACAGUGAAAUGGAAACAAAGACCUCACCAUCGCCAGUGCUCCAAUCUGAACGAAUGUCAUUCGACGAUACGGCCAAUUUUCAUAGGUCGGAUAGAAAGGGCCCAAACUUGGCAACUUUCUACUACAGACAUUUAGAUACAGAUUCGGAACAAGAGUCCCAAAAGAAGUCUAUUGUUGAGGCUGAAGUAAAAACUUCGGAAUCAUCGGAAGAAGAAGAAUGGACAUACAGUGCUAACACGACAAAAGAAGUUAAGAAACCAGAAGUGCCCGUGUCUUUGGCAGAAAGAGCCAACAUAGAAGAAAUUAAAGCUCUGGUUGAAAACGUCAACUGGUCAGUUUCCAAGAACAAACAAUCUGAAAAACUUUGGAUGUCUGGCUGUGGCGUGAAAAGAAGAAUUUUCCGACAUGAAACGGUUGAUCCCGAAAACGAAGAUUUCAUCGGUGAUAGUUGUGAUGCUAGUGGUGAAUACACUACUGAAGACGAUGAUCAGCAUUUCAACUCCGAUAAUCAUUCGCAUUCUUCGAGGUCAUGUGAUAUAACCGUAGUGCAAACUCAGGAAUUGGAUUUUUCUUCAAGUCCAGGAAAUAUAAACGAUUGCAGUUCCCCAAAGGUUGAAUUGAGACCGAAAACAAAUACUGGAAAUACGCUAAGACCGGUCAGCAUGUCUGGUCUUCCCCAAAGCAGUCCCAAGGCUAGACUUCUAACGGAGUCUUGUCAGUUGUCCGUUUCCGAAUCGGCCCUCAACCAUAUUUCUCAUGAACAAGUGUCUGUGAAUGGCAGAGACUCGUCUACCAUCGAGGAAUCCACUGCAACUCAAACGCAAGACUGUUGUGGAUCUUAUAACACCAAUUCACUGAGGCGACGCAAACUUAAACACAGAAGAAAGAGUACCGUGGAGAGAAAAAGUAAAAGUGGGUCAGCCGACAGCCUGUCGUCUAUUGUGAAUUCUGUUACCUACAACGAAAUGAUCACUUCUGAUUCGUUUUCUGGGUCUUUGGGUGGAAAUACUCAUAUUGAAUCUUCGCAACGUGUGGAUUCGGAAACCGAAGAAGAGAUUACCAAAGAUUCAAAACGCCCGGCCGUGCGUAAGCGUCCGAUGAAAAUGCCGGUGUUCCGUCUAGGCGAAUUUGGUGCCGUCACUCCGAGAGAAAAACGUUUCCCAUUGACCGCUCAACUGCCGUCGGGUACUACUACAGACUUUAGUUCGUUCUCCGAACAGGCUUGGGACAGCUAUCAGGAAAAAUACUUGAGCGAGCCCUACAGCGAGGACCCACCAGACCCGGAAUCGGUCAGACGACUAUUGGACUUUGGUGACGAUUACAGAAAAUGCUUUGAUAGUCAGUCUGACUGCGCUUCCAGCAUCGGUAGACCAAGUUUUCUCGACGAUGAAACUUUCGAACAAGAUUCGUCAGAUUCCGUUCGUAAACUCAUCCUUAGGAGUCGAUUGCUAUUGAAUCAGCUUUCUAAACUCGUCGCUUAUCCGAAUUCAAACCUUACAGUUUCAGAAAUUGGUCAGUUAAAACAACGGUGCAGAGAAAAUGAAUACUGUCUCCGUUUAUGUUUAGAAGGAAUCAAAGACAGCCAAACGUUUGUUUCAGGCAAUGAUAUAGCAGAAAUUGAAAGUAAGUAG